UAUGCUUCCUAAUAGAGUUGAGUGAAUUCCGCGAAAACAGGUUGUAGUUCGUCAACAACUGACGAGACCACAUUGAUGUCUAUUUGUUAUGAAGAUCUAACUCCGAGAUGAAGUAUGUUUGGAAGUAUGUCCUGUACUGGGGAACCUUGGUCACUUUUAUAGAUUUGUCAGCUGGGCUACAAGAAAAUGCGAAAAAUGUAUUGACAAAGCUCACCUACAGGAAUUCAAAGUACACAACCAAAUGUGGCUUUUUGAACUGGGACCGUUGUACAAGAAGCAGAAAAGUCUCAGACAAAUCAUUUUAUUGCAAGAGUGGGUACAGAUCAACGAACGAUGUCAGCUGCCCUCAUCCUAUAUGUGACGGUGAUAUCAACCCCGCUGCUUGCACCAUCACAUACAGAACAUCUCACAUCAUCUACAGUAACGGCAAGACCCAGUACAUCAGUGGAGGGAGCUGCAGUACACCAGGGAAGUGUAUCAAUUGUAAUGACGGCUUCUAUGCAAGCCCGGAACGGUGUAGAAUGUGCACCGCCAUCAGCAACUGUGACCUGGAGGAAUGCAGCAGCAACACCAACCAGGUGUGUACUCGAUGUGACGGGGUUGUGUCGGAGAAGGCAGGAUUUAGGGCGUACGUGGCUUCUUCUAACAAGAAAUCCUGCAUCAAGACGUGUUCCUGGCGGAGUGACAGCACCUGGUGUUAUCCAGGGACUUGCCGGAACGAGUACGCCAGCAACUGUGCCUGCUCCAGUGGUUUCACGGGGAAAACCUGCCAGACAAUAACAGCGAAGCCAACAAUAAACUUCAACCUCCUACGGUUGACCAGCAGCAAUGGGGACACGGCCGAGGCACCUCCCAACAUCAACAGUGGAUCAUCUCAGCCCACCAAGUGGUCCAACAUCAACUCUCCAUCUCGAAUGUACUACAAGUUCACUGCUGAGUACAGGACGGUACCCCCAACCAGACAUGCUUUCAUUGAAGCCUUCGCCGUGGGCAUUGUCAGCGCUUCUGCUACCUUCAAACUUAAGAGAAGUGGACGUGUGACCUCGACUAAGGUGCUUAACUGUGGUGGAGCCAGCAGGACCAGCCCCGACACAGACCUGUUCACCUGUGAAGGAAACCCAACUGGGGCGUCUGUACUGCCUUUACCCUUCCAACACAAAGACGUUAUUGACUUCUCCUAUGCAACAAGCAAUGGAGGGAAUGUAAAGGUCCGGAACAAGGAGACCAACAUCCUAGGAACCCACUACUACACCGGUGCUACACAGACCCACACCUUUACCAUGACCAUUGACCUGGUGGAUCCCUAUCACUGUAGUGGUACUACUGCCUGUGUUGGCAGCAUGCUGACUGCUCCCAAUGUGAUCAAAACUCCGACUGUGAACCUCCGCUGGAGUGGCUGGUCAGAUGCCGAUGCAGGCGUUGCCCAUUUUGUGAGGGAGGUGUAUGAACUCCACGCCGUAGGGAAUGAACUCAGAGUUAAACGUCAGGUCGAUACUACAACUGUAACCAGUUCAACGACGUCCAACAGCUACACACUUACUACGGCGGGCGUGUACUCUGUUGUCCUAUCUGCCUAUGACCAGGCAGGUAAUCACAGAAGUGCCAGGCGGAUCGUGCUCUAUGAUGGUACGUCGACUGUAACAACUCAGUCUAAUAAAGAACUCCGUGUGAUGACAGCAUCAUCAGCAACGUCAGAGUGGCAAACGACGUCAUCCGCAUUGACAGUGGACUGGACCAACAGAUACAUCAACACAGUACAUCACAACAACAAGUGGCUGCAAGGGGUGGCUUCUCUUGCGGGGCUCGGCUCUGACUUUGAUGACAACGAGGGUGACAGAAGAGUGGCUGCCAUCGACAAUGUUCAGGGUGUAACGCGAUUCUUGUCGUCAUACAAAGUCGACCACAAAGGAGGAUCUUCCAUCGUAAGUCCACCAGAUGGUGAGGAGUUCACCAGUCAAGGUCUGAGACAGUCACAAACAAUAAAACCCUCAGUAGCGGAUGGGGACACUGUACGUUUCUGGGUGCGGGCCUAUGACAUCAAGUCGGACAUGAAAGAAGAAAGUGUGACAGUCAACAUAGACACAUCACCUCCAGUCAUAGAGAACCUGUGGCUCACCAGAGGAGACAGACUCAACAUAAGUGUUCAUAACGUGGAGGAAUUCGCCGAAAUGACAAUGGAGUGGGUUGCAUACGAUGAGCACAGCGGCCUGGAGACGGUGUCAUGGCGGAUUGUAGAUAAAUACCAGGGUCGAAACAUCGUGCAUGGACUUCAGCACAUCGCGGCUCAAGGAGAAACAACCAGUAUGGCUCAUUGCAAGACCACCUUCGCUGGUGUCGCCAGGGGAGCUAACUGUUACUGCACUCCAGCCAAAGGUUGCUACCAUCGUCACUUUCAAGUAAGACCGACCGUAGUUGACAGCAGUCUCCCACAUGGAGGAAUAUUCAGUGACAAAAGCAAGGGAGCUCACGACUCGGACUACCAUCUAGAGGUCACCGUGACAAACCACGCCAAACUUACUACAAAGAUGCAGUUUAAAGUGACAAUAGACGCAAGUGCCCCUCAUCCUGGCGUUGUCCACGAUGGUCAGUCUGGACGCCCGGAAGUUGACUACCAGGACAGUCUCCAGCUCCGCGCCCACUGGGACGGAUUCUUUGACAGAGAGAGUGGAGUCAAAUUCUACCAAUAUAGAUUUGGCUCAAACUGUUUCCAAGCAGAUGAUUUUGGAUUAGACACAGGUUCAUUGCAGGUCACUGAAACUUAUUCCACAUCCGCCUCCUGGACAGCGCCCUCUGUCGGCAAGUAUCACGUCACAGUGGUGGCCUACAACCGAGCACUAGAAGCAUCCGACCCUGUGUGUUCUGACGGAGUGACUAUAGACACAACGCCACCUAGUGUCAGUGACGUGGCAGUGAGAGACUCCAUAGUGGUGGAGGGCCUGGUCAAGUCAUCAGAUAAUGCCGUGUGGUUCAUCGACGCCCACAGAAGACGAACCCCAUUAGUCACUCCAGAUAACACUUGCAGUUCCAAGGCUACGUCUGUAGAUGACGGGAAGCUUUCCCUGUUUCCAACACAUCGCUACAACAACGGAAGUGUGGUGCAACUCUACAACCCUGAGUGUGAAUCUCUCCUGGCAUUGCCUGCCACCUUCAUCAACACACUCUACAUCUACAGAGAACACCAUCUAUUUGUAAACUGGACUGGCAGUGACACAGAGAGCGGUAUUUAUGACUACGAGCUGGGGCUGAUGUCAGAUCCUUCUGAUAAAGACGCUCCAGACAUCCUGCCCUACACGUCCACUCAUCAUCAUCCUCAGUAUCAGGGCUACCAUCCUCGUCUCAGUGAGGGGCAAGAGUUCUACAUCGCCAUCAAGGCUAUCAACAAAGCUGCACUCACAACCAUAAAGAUCAUAGGUCCCUUAAUCGUUCACACAACAUACCCUGGAUUUACGGGCGUAGUGAGAAUGAGUGUUGGCAGUAGUCACCUCCUAGCACGGUGGUCUGACAAGGCCUUCUCGGACCCAGAGACGUCCUAUCUCAAGUACGAAGUGGCUGUCGGAUCUAAAGACGAACAAUCGACAGUAAUUCCCUUCACGGCCCUGCAGUCAGGAGGGGGAUGCACACUGACGUCGCCACCUACAUGUACAGCUGUAGCCCUCACAGACCUCCACUGGGACCUCCAUCACAGCCACACCUACUUUGUGUCAGUCAGGGUCACCAACAUAGUCGGGCUGUCCACAGUUGCAGUGUCGGAGCCCUACGUCCAUGACGUGGCACUACCGUCACAUGGUGUUGUGGAAGACGUAAUUCCAGCUGGAGAAGAAUCCUUGUUUGAUAUAAGUGCAUUUGACGAUACUGACCAUCAGGUGUCCACCUCAGUCCUUAGAGCCAGAUGGUACGGAUUCGACACAGGUGUCAGCGUCGUAACCUAUAAGGUUGGAAUUGGCUCUCGGCCUUCGCAAACUGAUGUCAAGGAGCUUGUGUCAGUGGGAAACAAACUGCAACAUGAAUUUAAUGACUUAAGUAUGACAGAAAAUCAGAAGUAUUUUGUGACUGUCGUGGCAGUUACUGGUGGAGGAGAGAUGACGGUGUCCUCUGACGGUGUGACGAUCAUCAGGCCAAAUGUUGAUGUCACAGGUGUCACUAUUAGAGAUGGACCAGGGUGCCGUGAUUCUGGUAUCCGAGACUUGGCGGGCCAGGGUAACCAACCGGUAUGCACCACCGAUAUCACAUACCAAGUAUCCCCUUCGACAUAUUCUGCCUACUGGACGAGAAGUGACGUCAGUAAAGAGAGGUACCCGGAAGUAUAUUGGAGUCUGCAGGAAAAACUUCCCCGGUCAGAUGAUUUGUGGCACGGCGUGAGAGAUUACGAGCAUCUUGGGACAUCGGAGAAGAUUGCAGUCGGAGGUGUGGCAUUAGAGCCAGGACAUAUGUAUAAAGCCUCUGUCAAGUUCUGUGCUGGUAAAGUCUGUAUGAAGCCCAUCCACAGUGACGGUGUGACUGUCAUACCGCACCCCCCAGCAACUGGAAGCAUGGCACUGACAUAUGAGGAGUCUGUGGGGGGACAGGCACAGAUCCAGGUGACGAUGUCCCGGUUCCGUGAUUCCGACAUACCCGUGGCAUCGGAAGCCUAUGACGUCAUUGACAAGUACGAGUGGGGACUCACAGAUAACAGUCACAGCAGCAAAAUGUUGAUCAACUGGCAGACGGUCGACGCCGAAAGAAUAAACACCAUAGGCGACAAGAUACGUUUCCAGAUAACUCUUCCGCAGCAUCUCGACUUUACUAAGUGCAGAAGAGUAGCAGUCAGAGGCUACACUCGAGUUGGCCUAUAUGCAACAGUGUCGGCGGAUGUCAAAGACUGUGCAGCGUUUGACCCGGUGUAUAUUGUACCUUCAGUUGUCCUAGAUGCUAUUGGCAAAGCAAAAGCACCAGAUCAGGGUUAUAGCAUAAGCUUAGAUCAGAACAAUCACUGGGAACACGCUGAUGCUGACUACACUCCCUACAAGAACAUCCUGUCUGCUGUGUGGCCGACUCUGCGUCACAGGAACUACACGUGGGCAGUGGUGUCAGGUGACCAGGUGGACCCCUCGUCUCACUACAAGAGAGAGAGUCUGAUGACCGUCACUGACCCCUGUAGCAUGCCGGAUGUCAUCAGGUGUGGACAUACAGCUGAUGAGUUCCUUAACGUAGAACUCAGUGAAGGAACCUAUCUCCAGCAUGGGAAGAGGUUUUAUGUGUGCAUCCAUGCCGAUGAAAAGAACGCUCCGUUCGAGAAGUGGACGUCCCAGCUGACUGAAGUGAAUGCCUGCAGUGACGGCAUCACAGUCGACCUCACACCACCUUCACCGGGGACAGUUCACAUUGGAGGUCUUACUGGCAUGUACCAGGUGAGCACCACGGAAGUUGAUGUGAAGUGGGCAGGCUUCACGGAUGUGGAGGAGGAGAAGGCAGCUUCACACUGGAGUGGAAUCGCAGCUUAUCAAGUUGCUAUAGGAUCUGUUCCCAGUGGAGAAGAUAUAGUCAAGUUCACCGAUGUCGGUUCUGUGCAGCGUGCAACCCUACAUAGUCUGAACCUCCAGAUUGGCAGAACAUACUAUGCGUCUAUCAAGGCAAUUGAUUUUGUGAACAAAACAACAGUGGCAGGGUCAGACGGGUUCCUUGUCGACUCCACAGCCCCAACACUAACUGGUCGCCACAUACAACUGGAGCACAGAUACAUAGCGUCUCGUCUCCUUCAUGUUUGUUGGACUAAUGUAUUCUCUGAUCAGGAGAGUGGACUGUCAGCCUACAUGGUUGCCAUGGGCACCAGGCCAGGCUACGACGAUUUGAUAGAAUACACCUUUACAGACCAAGAAUGUCUCGAUAUGGAUACGCAUGGUCGCGCAAUUGAUGGACACUCUUAUUUCAUCUCCUUAAAGGGAUACAACGGUGCAGGUUUGUACACACUGACCUCAUCACGGCCUCUGGUUGCGGACACAAUGCCUCCAUCUGCUGGCCACGUCUACGACGGAGUACAGUCAGCUGCCACACAUGGUGACAAGGACAAGGAUUAUAUCACCAGUGUCUCCGAGAUGGGGGCCUACUGGGAAGGCUUUGUCGACCCACACUCUCCGAUUGCGGUGUACAAGGUGAAGGUCGGGACCUGUGCAGGAUGCGAUGAUACCCUUGGGGAAAUAGAAUAUGGAUUAACUCCCAACAUCAGCCUCCUGCAUAUCCUGGUCUCCCCUGGAGUGAAGUACUUCACCACAGUGACAGCCUGUAACACAGCAGACCUCUGCAGCAGGUCCUCCACCUCAGACGGUGUCAUCCUGGACAGCUCCCCGCCAGUUGCUGGCACAGUGCAGGAUGGCACAGGCGAUGUGGACAUACAGUUCCAGGCUUCCAGGACAUUCAUCGGGUGCAAGUGGCGAGGCUUCCAUGACCCUGAGUCUGGGGUAGGCCACUAUGAAUGGCGUGUGGGGACAACACCAGGAGGUGACGAGAUUCUCGCAGCCAGGAAUGCAGCCCUUGAGGAGGUCAUGUUCCACACCAUGUCACGUGACCAGCAGUUGCCAGUAGGACGGACGAUCUACACCACUGUCAGGGCCUUCAAUAAAGCAGGUCUCUACACGGAGUCUACGUCCAAUGGUGUCAUCAUCGACGACAGCGCGCCGACAGUGGUGAAAUCACCGGCGUUGACGCCGGCUCUAGCGUCAGCUGUAGCCCAGUCGUCCGUUAGCCGAACAACUCUGAGCACACAAUGGAAAUAUGAGGACGUACAGUCGUCUGUGGAAAGGCAGUACCUUUCUCUGUCUUCUCAUCAACUCGGGGAGUUCAAGCGCUCCACUAUUGAGAUCCCAAGUUUUCUCACUGAGUACACCUAUACUGGCCUUGAACUUCACGAUGGAAGUAGAUACAAGGUGAAGGUGAUUGCUUGCAAUAUGGCGGGUCUCUGCACAAAUGCUGAAACUCAAGACAUUCUGGUUGACAGCUCAAAGCCUCACACAGGUACAUUUGCUAUAGAAACUGACCACGCAGCGAGAUUGUCCCGGCACCAGCAAGGCGGGAUGACGUGGACAAGGAACAGUCUGAAGCUAACCUGGCUGGGCUUCUCCGAUCUCCAUUCCGAAAUAGACCAUUAUCUUGUUUCAGUGGGAUUCCAAGAGUUCGGCACCGAUUACAAUAAGGGCAAGGUUCCCGCAAGCACCCCCCAUGAUGCAUCCGGAGUUGACAAGGGCGACGAGGGAGUCCUCCAGACGUUCACUGUAGCCACCGAGACCCUGCCUCCAGAGGGGUCUGUGUUUGUAGCUAUCUGGGCUGUGAAUGGGGUAGGACUACAGAGCGACGCGUACCACGCUGAACUGGAGCUUGAUGGAGACCGGAUACUGUGGCUGGUGAGGAGGUGCCAGGCCUACAACUGCGAGGGGCACUGUGUCUGUGCUGUGGAAGGCGGAACGUGUCAUGAUACCAAGGGCUGUACAACACUGAAGAACGGAGGAGGGAACAGUAUUGCAACUGUCAUCGAUGUCACUGAUCUUAGUUUCCCGUCUGCCGCUCCUGACGUGGAUUUCUCUCCCGUGAACACAUUCAUGGCUGCCAUGUGGUCUGUGACAGCAUCCCAGGGUUUGCCUAUCACACGCUAUGAGUACAGUAUUGGAGAGAGCGGCAAGUCUUCACCACAGGGUGUUUUCAGUAUCGCCACAGACAGAAUAUGGUUUGAUGCGGGACAACAAACUUCUGCAAUUAUGUCUCUGCCACAAGGCAGGUCGUUGACGUCUGGAGGAAAGUAUUCCUUCUUCGUGAGGGCCUGGUAUGAUGACAAUACCUACAGCAUCUUCACUUCCGACGGCGUCAUUGUCGACACCUCCCCACCGGCUGUGACAGACAAGCUCGGCCUUGCUGUAAAAGAAGUCGAGGGUACCGGCAAAACGAAGGACGUUGACUUCCAGAUUAAAGCAGAUACAGUGACCUUCACUUGGACCAACAAGUUCAUCCUUGGUCAGAGCGGCAUUCUCAAAUACAGACAAUACAUAAGCACCGUCCCCAAAGGUCACAGUAUUCACGCUUCCGGGGAUCUGACCUCCACCAGCUACACAGCGACAGGUCUGAGUCUACGUCCAAACACAGUUUACUACUCCAGUGUCCUGGCUUACAACAAGGCUGGUCUGGUCAGCUGGGCCUACUCUGAUGGUGUACAGGUGGACGUCCUGCCUCCUGAACCAGGAAGAGUGCACGAUGGCCUGGAUAUCCACGACAAGGACUACCAGAGUUCUCCAUCAGAAGUCUCGGCCUCCUGGUACGGCUUCUCGGACACAGACUCCACAAUCGUCAAGUAUUUCUGGUGUGUGGGGACAGUCAACGACACAACAGACUGCAGUGUGAAGGACUGGCUGGAUACCGGACUACACACCUCUUUCAGGACAUCGAUAUCACCUCUCAUUUCCAGUGGUACAAAAUUAUGGAGCAAAGUGUAUGCUGUAGAUGCAGUGGGUCAUACCUCUGAUGUAUCUGUGUCUGAUGGAGUUGUCAUCGACACAUCCCCACCUGAACCUCAGGCUAUGGCAUAUCUUGGAGACAAUCUGGUGAAGAACCCGUCGUUCGAGGUUGAUAAUAUUACUGGUAUUGCCACACGCUGCAACCUUGUCUUACCUUCAUCAUGGGAAACUGACACAGCGUCCUGCAUCAAGGUGCUAGCGCCCGAAUCACCUUUAGCUAAAGAGGGAAAUAUGUUUGUGUCAGUCAGUGGGAGCAUUCACCAAACGAUCUCGGGUCUUGAGACUGGGAGGCAGUACAAGCUGACACUGCAUGUUGGAUACCCAGAAACCGUUUCCAACAAUCACAGAUCAGUUGAUGCAAUAGUUACAAUAGGAGGUGAACUUUUCAGCUUCACACUUGACCCUAACCUCUGUGGAGGCACCUGCAAUGUCGGAGAACACUCAGUCAUCCUCUGGAACAAACACACAUACAGGUUCACAUCCGCGGAUACCAGUGCAGUACUGAAGAUAGCAUCAUCGUCCCGGAUGAUGGAGUUUGUGCUGGACCAUGUGAGUGUUCAGACUGUGGACUAUGUUGCUGGUCCGGACAGUGUGGAUACAGAGGAGCAUCUGAUGGUCCACUCUGUGUUCAUGUCUCACUGGUCAUCUCUACAUGCUUCCUGGCACUUUGAGGAUCAGCAGUCCCCAAUUACACAGUACAAGUGGGCGAUUGGCUCGGUCACCGGUGGAACACAGCUACAGAGCUACAAGAGCGUGGGGCGGCAAACACAGGCAACCGUCUCAGACCUUCGCCUGACGCACAACGCGAGAGUUUACAUCACUGUCAUGGCAACCAAUGGUGCUGGACUGACGAGUGUCACGUCCUCUGAUCCCGUCACGGUGGACAUGACUCCGCCGCAGUUUGACUUUGUCAUGGAUGGUGCCGCACUAGACGAGGAUUACCAGUCAUCAGGUGUAGUGAGCGUAAACUGGCAGGUGCAGGAUGCAGAGUCAGGCGUUGAUCACUGUGACUGGGCUAUCGGGAGAACACGAGGCAGCAGUGACAUGAAACAGUUUGAGAGGGUCCCUCCAGGCCAGGCCACAGCUCAACAUGAUAUUAGCACAAAGCUCCAUACGUCGUCUAUGACGGUCUACACAACAGUCCGGUGCUUCAACAAGGCAGGACUGGUGGCGGCCAUGACGUCAGAUGGAGUUGAGGUGAUCCAGGCUAGGAACCAAACAUCAAUUCUAGGCUUCGGUAUCCUGAAAGAAAGUCAGUCGGUGUACAGUGAGAGAGAUGUGUGUCACCAGAGUCAGGAGAAAGUCAGACUCCAUUGGGAAGAAACAAGCAGCAAUUUCAAAGAUGUUGUGGUUGGAAUCGAGGGAGAGAAGAUUGCAUAUCAGAUCGACGUUUCCAAUUCCUUGGAAUAUACAUUUGCAACGCUGGCGGGCUUGAAACUCCAGAACGGUUCAGACUAUGAGGCCCUUAUCUUCCCUGUGGAUGUACUUGGGGGAACAGGAGAAAAGACUGCCUCGAAUUUCACAGUCCAUGGAAUUCCUCCAGCAGUUUCUGCCUCCAGGAGUAUGUCGCUGGCACGCAAUGGCUCGGACUUGCUAGUGUCGUGGCCAUCUGUGUUCACCUCCCCGUGGGAUACCCUGCAGUACGAAAUCCAGGCGGGUACUGUUCAGGCAGGGGCCGACAUUGUUGAGAGAAUGCUGACCAAGAAAACUGAAUUUCGAAUUACCUUGGCUUCAACGCACAACAACAUCAAAAGCUUAUUUCUAACUGUAGCUGCUUUUGACCCAUGCGGCCUGUCGGCCUAUCACUCGAAGGUGUUCAGUAUAGCCUAGAUAACAUACACGUUACGUUUCCUGAUUCACAAAACAUUCAGACGGCCAUAGGUGAUACUUUCAUUUUAUUCAUAUUUAUGGUAAGGGCUGUACGGACACCAAUCCUUUGGUUUUAUUAAUAACGUUUCAAGAUAAAUGUCAUCACAGUUUUAUUUGUUUGUAUCUAUUUUCUAUGUUGCAUUUCGAUAAAUCUCGAAAAUGGAAAUGCACAGAACUUAGAAAUUUUGAAGAAAUUUUCUCCUGCAGUUCUGUGAAUGUACCCCGUGUCUUAGUUUGCACAACAAACAUGCCCUUAUUGACUGUGAUACAGAGUUUAUUUUCUCCUUGAAUUCCAUAUAUUGAUUAAAAGAUAUCUUUUUCUUAA